AUAAUACAAUCUUAUUCCAAUGAGAUUACUAAUGAAUCUGUUAAAACUAUUUUAAAACGUCACGGCUAUUUUGAAGAUACACAAGUAUUAGCUGAAACCUUAAAACCUAUUCGUGCUGCCAUACAAAUAACAGAAAGUAAAGAUACUACAAUGGCCAACUGUUAUAUUAAUUUAAUUAAAAUUGCAUCAGCAAUUAAAGAUCUUUCAUCUGAAGAUUAUCAAGAUUUUCGAAAUCAUUGUAUUAAAGUUUUUAAUGAACGUGAAGAUGAAAUUCGAUCUUGGAUUAAUAGAGCAUACGAUCAAAUGAUUGAAGAUGACAGUGAGGAUAUUGAUAUUGAUUCUCCUUUACUUCCUGAACCUAUUAGUGAAUCAAAUGAAAGAACAGAUAUUGAAUUAGAAUUAGAAAGAAUAAUUUCUAUAGAAAAAGUAUUUGUUAUAAUAAAUAAUUCAAAUGAAAACUUAGAAGAGGAUAAUAGUUCGAUAGAUGGAUCAAAUAUUAAUAAUGAGGGAGAAGAUUAUGAUCCUGCUUUAUUCGCGGCUGAUUAUUUGAGUGAAA